UUGAUGGAUUUUUGAAAAUAUUAUGUUUAAACCGGGUUCAAUUCGAAAAAUUCAAGUACAAAAUUUCGUAACCUAUAAUUACGUCGAGCUGUAUCCUGGACCAAAUUUGAAUAUGAUAAUAGGCCCUAACGGGACUGGCAAGUCUACUAUAGUGGCCGCUAUCAUACUUGGGUUAGGAGGUAGCCCGAAAGUUGUAGGAAGAGGUAACAAAGUUUCCGAAUAUGUUAAGCAUGGCUGUAGUUGUGCUUCAAUAAACAUAUAUUUGCAAGAUGAUCAAGAAAACUUCAUUAAGGUAACAAGGGAAUUUGAUACUCAAAGUAAAAGUCAAUGGAAGCUAAAUAACGCAAGAUGUCUCGCAGAAGAUGUGGUGAAUUGUAUUAAAAGAUUUAACAUUCAAGUGGAUAACUUGUGUCAAUUCUUGCCUCAGGAUAGAGUUCAAGAAUUUGCUAAACUUAAUAAGCAAGAUUUAUUAAAAGAGACUCAGGUGGCAUUGUGUAGGCAGGACUUACUAGAGAAGCAAAAUUGCUUAAUCGCUGCCAGAAAAAGACACAAAGAACUCUUAUCGUUAUCAAAUAGUCAGACCAAAAAGUUGCAGGAAGCGCAGGACGAGAACACUCGCCUGGAAGGUAGAGUGCAAAAUUUCAAAAGGAAAAUAAAGUAUAAGGAUAUGAUAAAACACAUUGAUAGGAAAAUUGCUUGGUCUUUAUAUGAAGAAGUAAGAGCCAAACUGUAUGAAGCCAAAGAGGAUAAAAUCAAAGCCCUCGAAGCCUAUGAACUGCACAAGAAUGAACUCAAACCCAUGCAACAAGAAAUCGACUCUUGCAAACAAAAGAUAAUGGAUUUUAAAAAUGCCAACUCCAAAAUCUUGCAAUCUAUAAAGAAUAUAGAAGAGAAUGUUGGCGCUGCAAAUGAUAAGGUAGAAAUACUUUGCUCCAAAGUGGCCGAAAUUGAAAACGAAAUGCAUAACGAGCUGGCGGAGGUCCAACAGUGGGAUCAACAAAUUGAGGAUACAGUAAAAAAGCUGGAAGAAAUGAAGAAGUUGCACGAUGCGGCUAUCGCCAGAAAUAAAGAAGAGGGCCUAGAAGGAUCCUAUAUUACAAAUCAAAUUGCACAGUGCAGUAAUCGCAUGGCGUCAUUUCAAGAUAAAAAAGAAGAGCUUGAGCAGAACAUUAGGACGAGUUUAGCCGAAAUGAAAGCAUUGGAAAAUGAACAGGUCCAUAUUGAGAAUGUAAAACAACAAAGAUUUGAGCAGUUAAGAAGGCUGAAUAGUGACGCGUAUGCCGCAGUUUUGUGGCUCCGGAACAACAAGCACCUUUUCAGUGGGGAAAUUUUCGAACCCAUAAUGCUCGAAGUGAACAUAUUGGAUAAUAGUAAAGCGAAAUACUUGGAAGCGUGCAUACCGCUGCAAGACAGACUCGCGUUCACUUGCGUCGAAAAGGAAGAUAUGAAUAUGCUCAUCAGGUGUUUACGACAAGAAAAGAAACUAUCCGUCAACGUGGUGCAUUCGGGUGUGUCAAAGGGAAUCGUGGGCGAGAAAUUCCUUCCGAAUGUACCGAUCGAAAGGUUGAGAAAGUUCGGUUUUUACACUUACGUUAGUACUUUGUUUACUGCGCCCGAACCAAUCAUGAGGUACUUAUGCAGGACGUAUAGACUUCACGAUAUUCCGGUGGGUGACGUUUCCACCAAUGCCUGCUACGAACGUGUGCCCAGGGGAAUUAAUUUGUUUUUCAGCGAUCGACAUAGGUAUUUUAUAUCCUACUCUAAAUAUUCUGGCGAACGUAGCGCCAAACAGGACGUCAUCAGGGGGGACGGGGGUUUGUCCCUAUCCCUUGACGUUAUAAGGCUUGAAAAUUUAAAGGGCCGUUACAACCACGUUAAAAGGACCAUCGACGGUCUCAAGGAACAAGCCAGGGCUUACGAUAUCCAGAUCGCGGAAUUCAACAAAAAUAUACAAAUUCUCAAGGAGAAACUGAACGAGAGCCAAAGGCAGAAGCAACGGGCUCAGGCGAUCCAAAUAAAAAUCCAAGGGGCGGAGCAGCACUUGAACAGCAUGCGGAAAAACAAGAAAAGUCCCGAAGGGAUACGGACGAGCUCGAAGGUGAAAGUGAAAAAGUUGGCGCACGCCAUCGGACUGCUGCAAGAAUCGAUGAAGGACGACUUUGAAAAACUGCAGGCCAUGUUUACCCAACACGGAUUGAACGGUCUUAAAAUCGAGGCGCACAGAAGAAAGCUGGACCACUUGGAGAAUGUGAUUAUCGAUUCGAAGAGAAAGCUGCUGGAGCUUCGGGAUACGUUAAACGCCAUCACUGAUAAAUACAAUGCCGUGAUGACGGAGGCCAAAUCCCAACUUGCCAGAGCGAAGGAGUUGUCGAACGGGUACACCCCCGCGGACGACGGGUUUGAGGAAUUCAAACAAGUUUAUGAGAGAUUAUCAAAUAAUAUCGAGGAGCUCAACUCAGAGAAGGAGAACUUAAACUCGCGCAUCAGUUGCUUAAACACCGCCGACGACGGUGAAAUGAAGGAGUACGAGGAUAGAAUAAGUCUCAUAGAAUCCCUAGGAAGGGACGUUGUAGAAACGAAAUCGGAAAUCAACAAAAUUACAGUCACCAUAGGUAGAAUUCAGGAAGAGUGGUUGUCUCCUUUGAAAGAUAUAGCUGCGGGCAUCAAUAUGCGGUUUGCCGCCUCUUUCGAACGGAUGGGCUCUGCGGGAGAGAUUGACAUUUGCACGGGCGACGAUGAAAUGGACUUCGAGCAUUACGGCCUCUCUAUAAAGGUAACGUAUCGGAGAGGAGAGCCCCUCCAAGAAUUAAAUUCGACCAUCCAGAGCGGCGGAGAAAGGGCGGUUGCUACCGCCGCUUUUAUGCUCGCUUUACAAGAAUUGACACCAGUUCCGUUCCGUUGUGUCGACGAGAUCAACCAAGGCAUGGACGCGAACAAUGAACGAAGAAUCUUCGAGCUAAUAGUUGAGACCACUAGCCAACCGAACACCUCUCAAUAUUUUUUAAUAACGCCAAAACUGGUGCCCCAUUUGCAGUAUUCGGAACAGUCGACAGUUCACAUAGUCCACAAUGGUCCCUUCGUAAACCCUGACCGAAAGUGGGGACACUCCAAAUUCUGCAAUCCCUGUGGAGUGGAUAUCCACUGACAGGCAACCUGUUUACCAGCACGUGUUUUGUUAUGUAAAUAAAUAAACUCACCUGGUUUUUAACGUCGGAUAUUGUACCGGACGAUGAUCCUUUCACUUGCCGAUGGCGGUAGAAGAUGUAAGCCAUAUACGGAAUACGGCA